GCGCAAAAGAAAAACCCGAGACCUUCAUCUCAUAUGGGUCAAAAUCUAGAAUUGAGGUCUAUAAAAAUAUAUCCUGAUAUGUUCUUUACUUAUCUGUGCUUGACAACUGGAAGAGAAUGGUGGCGACAUUAGGAAUCCUGAUAACCGGACUGUUAAUUUUUAUUGUCUGUGUUCUGGUCCUAUUUCUCAUAUACACAAAAUGGAAUUUCGGUAUUUUCAAGAAAAUGGGAGUCAAAGGACCACCUCCUCAUAUUUUGUUUGGAAAUCACAUGACCAUCGCUAAAAAGGGAUUUGCGCAAGCUGACAUGAUGUGGUGGAGGGAAUAUGGAGAUGUGUUCGGGUACUUUAGCGGUCGAUCUCCAACGUUGGUUGUGGCAGAUACUGACAUGUUAAAGGAGAUUCUUGUCAAACAAUUCCAAAACUUCCCAGAUCGCGCAGUACGUCUCCUUAACAUAAGGUUUCUGCGGGGCUUCAGUGGAGACAUGGAAGAAAAUCUGAGCGCCCAGCAGGGCAAAGCUUGGAAAAGUUCACGGACAAUAUUAUCACCCACUUUUACGUCCGGCAAACUCAGAAAGAUGGACUCGUUAAUUACUGAAGCUGGUGAUGCACUUGUUCAGCACAUUAAAAGGAAAAUCAAAGAGACAGAUGAGAUGGAAUUCAUGGGAGUGUUCGGAUGUUAUACCAUUGACGUCAUUGCAUCCACAGCCUUUGGAAUUAAAAUUGAUUCACAAGGGGAUCCCGAGGACAAAUUUGCACGGAUGGCCUCACAACUUAUAAAUGUCCCAAUUAGCUCGCCUUUUCUGUCUCUUGCUUUUAUGUUUCCCACUCUUUCAAGGCCAAUUGCAAAACAUUUCAAAAUUUCUUUCUUGAACAAAGAAGCUUCAGAAUUUUUCAAAGGAGAAAUAGAAAAAGAGUUUAACACAAGGGAUUCUAGUAAGAAGGAAUAUGUAGAUUUCAUCCAGCUGAUGAUGGAUGCUCAUAAUGACAACCCACAGGAAACGGACGAAAAAAGGGGAUUGACAUCGACUGAGAUCAUUGCUAACUGUCUUCUGUUCUUCUUUGCCGGCUACGAGACGACGGCCAACACGCUCUCUUUCUUUGUGUACCUGCUGGCUCUCCAUCCAGACAUUCAGCAGCGGGUGUAUAACGAGAUCGUGUCUGAACUAGGUGAUGAAGAACCGGGUUAUGAUAACAUCGGGAAGUUACAGUAUAUGGAAAUGUGUAUCAAUGAAACAAUGAGAAUGUACCCCGUAGCACCAAGGACUGAUAGAACAUGUGUUCAGGAUACUGAAGUAAAUGGUCUGAAGAUUCCAAAAGGCAUGGCGAUUGCAAUACCGAUUUGGAUUUUACAUCAUUCCGAAAAACUCUGGGAAGAUCCUGAAAAAUUCGACCCAGAAAGAUUUUCAGCGGAAAAUAAAGCCAAAAUGAAUCCCUAUAAGUUCAUGCCUUUUGGGUUUGGUCCCAGACUCUGUAUCGGAAAAAGACUUGCUCUGAUCGAGAUCAAAGUAGCGAUGACAAAACUCCUCAGGCAGUUUGAAUUAUCAACAUGCUCCAAAACGAAUAUACCACCUAAGCUAGCAAACAGUGGCUUCAUUAAGCCCGACACGAUGUGGCUGAAGGUGACUGAGAGAUGACAUGCUGAAUCAACUGUCAAUUACAUGUGUACAUUUCAAGUAUCAAAUGUCAAUUACACGUGUACAUUUCAUGUAUCAAACAACAUUUUUAAUGACUGAGUGCAAGAUCAGUGUGCGUAUUGUUUUCUUUCAAUAAUUGUUAACAGUUAUGUAAGAUUUUAUUUUGGCUAAAUAAUAUAGUAUAUAGAAGUGAUCAGUUCAUAAAGAACUGCGAACGAUAGUAUUGUUCUCCCACUUACCUAAAAGUCAACUUUCAAAAGUUAACAUAUUUGAUGAAUUUUUUUUAAAAAAAAUUUUGUAGAAUAUUAUAUGGAAAACAUUACUUAUUUUGGAAAAACA